AUGCCACCGGUGGUACUUGCCCUUGCAAAAUAUCCGGUAGUGGACAAGUAUGAUGUUAGUUCACUUUGGGAAAUGUAUUCUGCCGCUGCACCUCUCGGCACCGACUUGAUCGAUAUGAUUUACAAAAGAUUGAAGAGUAGGGAAAGCUGGAACAAGCCACCUGGUUUAGUAGGCAAGCUCCUGCCUUCUAUGAGCAUGAAAGUCAUGGACGGCGAGCACGAGGUUCCACCGGGCUAG